UUUCCUGUGGUAGACGUACUCGUCCAGCGGUUAGCAUAACAACAGUUCAAAAUCAACCAAUCAGCGAGCAGCGCACGAAAUUCAACGGGAUUCAACUGUGUUGGUCGCCAUAUUGAAUCAAGUGUUCCAUUGAGUAAAAUCUUCUAAAGGAUUCGUUCAUCGGAAACCAUGCCCUCCGGUCGACUUCAUGAUUACGAGGAGCUGGAAAGAAUCGGCUCAGGUUCCUAUGGAAUCUGUAAGAAAAUUCGCAGAAAGAAGGAUAACAAGGUUCUUGUAUGGAAGGAGCUUGAUUACGGGCAAAUGUCCGAGACUGAAAAGCAGAUGCUUGUUUCUGAGGUGAACCUGUUACGAGAGCUCAAACAUCCGCAUAUUGUGCGCUACUAUGACCGCAUAAUCGACCGGACCAACACCACCAUCUAUAUCGUCAUGGAAUUUUGUGAAAAUGGUGACCUAGGGGCAUUGAUUAAAAAACACAAGCGAGAAAAACGGUAUACAGCAGAAGAUCUUGUUUGGAAAUUGCUGUACCAACUUGUGCUUGCAGUGCAAGAGUGCCAUCGUCGCAAGGAUGGGGGACACGUUCUCCACAGAGACCUAAAGCCUGCCAACGUGUUCUUGGAUGCUAACAUGAAUGUCAAACUUGGGGAUUUUGGACUUGCUCGUGUGUUAUCUCAUGAUACUAGCUUUGCUAAGACUUUUGUAGGGACUCCUUAUUAUAUGUCGCCUGAACAAGUGAAUAAGAGGAGUUACAAUGAGAAGUCUGACAUCUGGUCUUUAGGCUGCUUGAUGUAUGAGCUCUGUGCAUUAUCACCACCAUUCACUGCCAUGGAUCAGAUAAGAUUAGAGGCCAAGAUCAAAGUUGGGAGGUUCCAUCCCAUCCCCAGUCACUACUCCUCCUCCCUUAGCCAACUUAUCAACUCCAUGCUGCAAGUCAAUGAUGAAAUGCGCCCAAGCAUUGAUGAGCUAUUGAGGAACCCUUAUCUUUCCCGGAUGCAGAAGGAAAACCAAGUACUUUCAUCGGCGCAACAGAAUGCAGGUGACAAAGAAGAUAGACUUAGAAGGUGGGAGAAGAGUCUUACAGAAAAGGAGAGGGAACUUGAAAGACGAGAAAAGCUGGUAGCAGAUAGAGAACGAACUGUCUCUGAACGAGAAGAUAAGUGUAAUAGGAUGGAAGCAGUCUCACGGUAUAAUGGUUUCAAUGACAUCAAAAGACCCCGGUCAAACUUCUACCAGGAUUUAGCGUUGGAAAAGGAGAACAACUGCGACUACGGUUACAAGCGACGCUUUGGGUACAAUAAAGAAACUGCGAAGUUUGGCAAUGAUGAUGGGUUUGCUCGUCCUAUGAUGCCUCCCGCCCCAAGGUUAACAGAUUUGGGCAUUGGAAAUGCAAGAGUCACCCCUUUAUGGACUGGUCUGAGAUGAUUAUUAUAAUUAUUAGACUUUAUCGCUUAGCUAUCUUUAUGUAUAUAUUGAUAUAGCUACAUGUAUGUACUUUGUAUAUAGAGAAAGUGGAUUAAUAUAAUGAACAUUAUUUUGCUUGACUGAUGAACAUUACUAGAUCAAUGGUGUGGGAAAACGAUCUCCUUUUUUGUAGGAGUGCGAAAAUGACUGUGUAGGAGGAUAUAGACAAAGCAUUUCUAAUAUACUUAGCAAGGUUCACACGGAUCUAUUAAUUUUCAUAAACCACCUCCAUUAAUAUAAUCGAUUAUUUUGUAAAUAAUGUGAAAUAAAUAGUAUUGCCUGUUAAAGUGUAAAGGCUGAAGUUAACGAGAAUUGUUAGAUAAAUAACGACGUUUGAAGUACAAUCUCUAUCUACA